CAGGAUGAAUUUUUAAUGAGCAGCAGCGUGGCUUCCCUUUGCUCCCUCAGAUCGCUUUCCAGGACAGGGAGUCUCUCAUGAUCAUAGCAGCAUGCACACAGGCAGCUCUGGGAAACUUAAAAGGGAUGUGUAAACAGAUAGACCACUUUCCUGAGGAAACAGAUUACCAAGCGGAUCCAUCUGAGUACUUCUUACGUGCGGUGCGAGCUUCCAGCAUCUUCCCCAUCCUCAGUGUCAUCCUGCUCUUCAUGGGAGGCCUAUGUAUAGCUGCCAGUGAGUUCUACAAGUCACGCCACAACAUCAUCCUCAGCGCGGGAAUCUUCUUUGUGUCUGCAGGCCUGAGCAACAUCAUUGGGAUCAUCGUGUACAUAUCAGCCAACGCGGGGGACCCUUCAAAAAGCGACUCGAAGAAGAACAGCUACUCUUACGGCUGGUCUUUCUACUUUGGUGCCCUCUCCUUCAUCAUGGCUGAGAUGGUGGGCGUUUUGGCCGUGCACAUGUUCAUUGACCGCCAUCGACAGCUCCGAAUAGGGGCGCGCGCAGCCGACUACCUCCAAGGCUCGGCCAUAACGCGAAUCCCCAGCUACCGUUACCGCUACAGACGUCGCUCGCGCUCCUCCUCCCGCUCCACAGACCCGUCACACUCCCGUGACACCUCGCCGGUGGGCCUCAAGGGCUUCAGCGCGCUGCCAUCCACGGAGAUCUCUAUGUACACGCUGCCCCGGGACACCCUCAAGUCCUCCGGCACGCCCACCGCCACCUACAACUCGGAGAGGGACCACAACUUCCUGCAGGUCCACAACUGCAUCCAGAAGGACCUGAAAGACUCGAGCCAGACCAACACAGCGAACCGCCGCACCACGCCGGUAUGAGGGAGUCGACACAGGCCAGGGCAGCCCGUCGGAGAGCGGAGACCAGGAGACACGGGAACCCCUGUGGGUACAGUACGCCCCAGGAGAAGAUGGAUUUCCAUGUUUAUAGACAUUUGUUCUUUUUGUUCAGCUGCAUGACUUUUCCAUUACCAUUGUUGAGAGAGUUUCAACAAGUCUGCUGUGUCCCUGGAUAGAAUGGCAGAACAGUGAGAAUGGAUCAGAGAGUGAGAUCUGUCAUUUCUUUGCGCAGGGUAUGUUUAUGAGGUUUGCGGCACUGAAAGGGAGGGUGGGAGGGCAUUUAUGAGACAAAGAUUUCAUGAUUUCAUAGCCCUUUGGUUUGACAAUUUUGCCCCACAAGUUUGGUUGGAGCAACAGGUCAAGCUCCCCCUCAGCAAGCCCACCACUCAGAUAUACACCUCUUUUAUUUAUUGACUAAUUUGUUCAUUUUUUGCAUUAAAACUGUGAAUUGUUACAGUUUGGGAUUCAGUAAGAAUUAGCCCAAUCUGUAAUCUCUAACAAAGGUACUAUAUAUAUAUAUAUGUAUUACUUUUAUAAAUAAAUUAUUACGUUAAUAAUCAAGAGUUACAGACUUUACCGAAGCAAAAAAAGAAAAAAAAACAAGUUAACUAAACCAAGUGCUGUUGGUAAGAUGAGAAAAGACUCUUUUAGUAUCUGUUGGUUUGAAGGUUGAGAACAAGAGAAGGUGCUUUAGGUAGCAGCAGUACACAGCGACUGAUGCCACCCGAGGCAGAUGGGGACAGUCAACAGUAGAAUAAUAUCUAUUCUUUUAAUAGAACCUUCUCGUCUUUUUCUCAGUCCCUGUUCGCUUUCUUUUUUGCGGGGGUCGUAACGGGAGAGUUGAACCCCUGACAGAAAGAGCCAACGAAAGGGGUCAAAGUUCACAAAGACUCCAAACACGACUUCUCCAAAACAAAAGGAAGGAGCAGAGGGGAAGGAAAAGAAGAGGACGCCAAACACAAAAAUAAAAAACAAGUUAAAUAUGAAAUAGUACAAGAGAAGCUAAGUGACUCACAAUUUCAGAAAUUAAAUGCAUGCUAUAAAAUUACAGCAAAUCUGCUCUUGAGAAACUUAAGUUUUAAAGGUUAAUAAUUAUAAGGGGAAAAAAAGCAAAGACGCUAAAGUUUAAAGUAUUAAUGUUUUCAUGUGUAAUUUUCUUAUGUUUUAUUUUUUAUUUAGCUCAUUUUAUCUUAUUGCUUUUGUGAGACAAACCAAACAAUCUACAUUGAACAAAACUGCUUUUUUAAAUGGUUUGGUUGAUUUCUUUAUAAAUAUAUAAAUAUAUGUAUGUAUGUAUUUUAUUUUUAAAACUCACACAGCCUUAGUCAUUUCUUUGUUUCUUUUGAUUUUUAAUGUGUUGUUCAAAUUUAAAAUGAAAUCUUUAAAGGUGCCAAAACCGAAUGAUCCUAUACUUGGAUGCAUCAAGUCCUGAUGAAUAAAAUACGAACCCUAGGGGGAACAAAUCA